AUGCGACCACCCAGUUCGGAACCUUAUCGAGAAUUGUGUGCAUUUUCUGCACCCAGUAAACCACUCACUGACUCAUUGCUUGUGCACCAAGCAACUCAAUGCGGUUCGGGUGAGUCUUGUCGUUUAUGUCCGAACGAAGCGGCAAAUAUAAAUGUCAGACCGGAAAUGCAGUUGAUGCAUUUCACACAACUCGAUUUCGGAUUGCAUUCACUUAAGCAAGAUAUUCGAUUGAAUGCGGAACUCACAACGGAGUCGGCAGAACAAUAUCUUCCAUUACGACAAACUGGUGUCCUGGAAGUCACACAGUCACUAAAUUUAGCUGAGACUGAGAGUUCGGUCAUCAUUACUACCACCUUUACAAGGCUGCCAGCCACGGCAGAAAUUCAAGAGGCGAAAUGUGACGACUUGCCUCUGCAAGAACCUGAAAAUCGACCCAUGAUGUCACUACUCUUUAGUUUUGCUCCAGAUACUUGUAUUAAAAUCGAAUUCCGGAUGCAGCCUUCGACGAACUUAGUGGAACAGCAAAACAUAACUCUACCGCAAGAAGUUUCAUGUAUCAUAUGUCCAAAUGAACUUCCAAUUCAAACCGAUGUUACCAUAGACACUCGGUCAUCACCGUUGGUCUACUCGUGUAUAGAGCAACCCGGUAUGGCGAUUCAAGUAUUCGUACCAUUCCCUGGUCAGCUAGAAAUCGCAGUGACCCAAAGAUGCAUUCGGUUUUCGACAGUGAGUCCACAAUCGCAAGAGCUGACGUGUAUUUUGCCAUCUGGACUAAACGUUUGCAUGGCCCCGAUUUGUCAUCCCGGUCAACCAGGAUUUUGCAUCACAAUCAGUGCGGCACCGAUUGCUUCACCGGAACCACCACAACCAAUUUCACAAGAUGAGGGUUCGUCACUGUGUGCGAUCCUGCGAUGCAAAUCAAAAUCACGGGUUAAAGCGACUCAGGCUCAGGUCGAACAGGGUCCAGUAACUCGUCGACGCUCGAAUUCGNCGAAUUCGCAGCCGUCCAACCGCACGCAUCGACCUUUGUGCUUUGGUGGUUCACAGCCCACUGCAAAACACACAGAUAACCAAACUGCACAUAUUUCCAGUGCUGGUUCAGUUACCGAGCCAUGCUUGCAACGUUUUAAAUCUCGUCUGAAUCAGGCCAAAUCAAAAUAUAAUACGAUCAGAGCAAAACUGAGAAAACGACCGGUAGAACAGCAGAGAGGCUCAAAGUAUCGGUUAGAAACAGUAGAAGAUAAAAUUUCCAGAUCGGAAAGUCGCUCUCAGUCAUACGAUUCAUCGCCAAAGAGGGUACAUGAGUGUAGGGAUUCUGCCAUUUGUGUUCCUUACAUACGUUUCGGACGGUCCUCGGAAACGAAAUCCCCCGUCACGCCCAGUGGGCCUCACGAUCAGCCUUUACGAAUGACCAAAUCAGAACAGCACUGUGUUUCAACUGGAGAACCACAAGUUGUUCAGAGUGGUGAAAGACCUUCACGUCGUUGCUUCUGUAAACGCAGUCUAAGCCAACGCAAAUCACGAAGUUUGUCCGAAAGUAGCACACAGCAUUGCGUUCCGUUAACAUUUAAAGGCGAGCAACUAUCUCGUGAGCCUUCUGGUCAGGAUUUGUCAAAUAAGGGAAUACCGAAACUCCCAAGAGAUUCAAUCAAUACCUGGGGUACGACAGCUACUAUGGCAGCGCUUACCAGACAUAGUCUCCUGGAUCGGACGACCACAAUCUCAGAAGGAGAGAGUCUAGCUGCUCAAGCUUCUGGGAUGACUUCACGAAGGAAAGUAUUAUCGAUGAAGUCGGAUUUACCGCAACUGUAUGAAUCUUCCGAACUAAAACCUAUUCCCAGCUGUUGCACAGACGCUACUAUGGCUAAUGUAUGCCUUUGCAAACAAACAGUUGAUCUACAAGAAAACGUGCGCCAGUCAUACCUUAUGGCACAAAUGCCUGAAAUAUGUCAUUUAAAGAUUCGAUGUGAAAUUCCACCGGGUUAUGCACUCCUGGAACCUGGCCUAAUGGUUUCAGGUAACUCCCCAUCACAGAUUAAAAACAAAAGCACUGAUCCAAUCUACUUCCAAGUGAAAUUUGAUUUUGGUACCAAUGGACCCGAUAACGGGUCGAGAAAUCUAUUCAUCAGUACUAAUCUUUCUCAGGGCAGAAUAUCACAAACUGAUGGAAUGUCCGGGUAUGCAGUGGUUUCAACUGUGUUUCCUGCUCCCGAACAAACUCAACUAGUCUAUGAGGACGCUGAACAGAAAAUUGAGAGACAAUUAGUGGUUCAAAAUUAUGAUUCCUCAAGGAUCACAUUACAGUCAACAGGAAUUAAAGUGGAUCUUACUCCACGGUCGGGUCAAUCCAUCGCGGUGCAUUUUGGAGCCGAUUCUGAUCCCGAGUGUUAUAUAGCCACUACUGUGACUGAUUCAAACAGUAUUAUGUUACGCCUAUGUAAACCAACAACUGUGUCUGGAAUGAGUUCACUUGGUUUUGGCAUUGGCAUGAAACCGGUUUCAUCUCCGGUUAGUGAGCAUGAUGCUAUCGGCAUUCUCGGUGAACAAAACCGACAGACAGAGGAAUCUGUGCGACCACCAGAGGAUCAUGCUCUUUACACUCAGCAUUUAGACUUCCCCGGGGGAUCUAUAUGUGUACAAACUAAUUUAGAUACACGUUUCCAGUCAGAACCAACUUAUGUGAACGAGUCCAGUAUGAACGAAAUAGAAGACAAAGUGGAAAAAAUUGGAUCUUCUGAAUUACUGGAUCAACAGAAAUCGGUGGCAGUUGAUAACAUGAAUACACCGCAGUCCGUGCAUGAAGAGAGCAGUAUUCAGCUUCAGACAAGUCUGAAACAAAAGGAUGACCAGGAUAAUCAAGACCAACACUACGUUACAAAUGACCAAUCAACAGUAGUCACCAAGGGUGAGUUGUUUAUGGGUGAUGCCCGACGUAGCUGUAUGCAUUCAUCCGUCAUGAUUCAUCCAGUCAGACCGGAACUGGAGCUCUCAGCUGUCACAAUUCCAAUCCGUUGCGUCAAUCCUGGGAUAGUGGGCAAUGCCAGUUUUAUCAGUCGAUUUCCCUCUAGGACUUGUGUGAUACAGAACACUGCCACAUUCGUUCCUCAAAUCCCGUCCACCCCGUGGACAUACAGCCUCCCACCUUUAUUUGAUCCUAUGCACUCGACCGUGAGCUGUGCAUGUAAUUCACGAUGUCACAGAACACGAUACCAGCAGAUGUUAACAAAUUUGCCCGGAAACUUUAAUAAAAUUACUGUCCAUUUUAAUGAAAACUACGUAAUUCGUCCGGUCGUGAUGCAACCAAUGAUUCCUAUGCGUCAAACACUAGGUCCGUGUAGAUGCAGACGAUUCAGUUCCGCACAGAGGUCAACCAAUUUUGACAGUGUGAAUGACAGACAAUCAUGGAUUCGAUCUCAGUCAUGCAGUCCUACUUUACCGGGGAUAACACUGUAUGAGACACAAAAUGCGUGCAUGUUAACGCACAGUUCACCACCACUAGAUACCGAAGACCAACCGAUGCAGGUCCGGACCGGAUGUCAAGGUGCAAGGGGCACACGUUCAUCGCUGACUAUCAAUACUUUGGAUAAUUUCAAACCCACUGAUUGUCAAAAUAGUCACGCGACCACCUCCGAAGAGAGGUGCACGAUUGUUCGAGCCCCAGGAUGCAAUCGUGAACCGCGGAGAACUAAACGUUACAAAGAACCGUCCACAAUCACAGGUUUGGUUUCCUGCCCGAAUAGAUUUCCGUGGAAACCAAUACGGACACAGAACUGGACGUAUCUGCAGCAAAAAUAUGCACAGCAAAUGACAUCUUAUUUAAAACAGACUUCGGAUCGAAGACAGCAAACACAAACGACACAUGUAACUGUGGUUACAAUUACUUUUUCCCUUAUUCAGCCAUUGAACACCUGUUACGAGGAAACAGUUGAACAUUUAUGGGAUAGCGCCGUGGUUUGUUUGCAUCUGGAUAUACUUCCGAUCGCCUUGAAGGUAAUUUAUGGGAUUCCGACAAAAUGUAACACAGUUCAUCGCAUGCUUCCACGCUGCUUGACUCAAAGCAAUUUAGUAGUCGAUUCGUGCACACAGACAUUGGUCUCCUGGAUUUGCAAUGAGCAGUCUGUCGAAUCGGUGAACUCAAAAGUAGAUUACUUACAUUUGAAUCUACCAGAUACCAUAAUGGAGAGCAAACCGCUUACCCAAUCUGAGCUCAAUCAGGAUCAGAGUGGUUUGCGCACGAAAAGUUACGUUUGUCUGACCGAGAUAGAGAAUGCGGCGAAAGUAAUCCCAUUACCUACCACCAUACUGUGCACGGGAAUUGAACUAAAUACAAACCCGUACGUGACUAAUCCGUCGCCUGUUUGCAGUCCCGAUCUGGAUGAAUUUUCGCACCAGUUCAGCCCAUCCAUAUCAAUCGAUCUAGCCUCCUCAUCGCGUUCUAAUCCCCGUUUAUGUCGAUGUGAUUGUUCUUCAUGUACCGUUUGUGAUAACUCUGCAGAGCCCAAUCUAUUUACUCGUGAACUGGAANACCAGGCUGUCACCGAAGGAAAGAUCCCAGAGAAGAAACGGAAACUGGAAGAACAAGUUGCCAUCAUUGAUGGAACAGUGACGAAAGAGGGUUCACAGGUGGCCAGUCUAAGUGAUCAACCAUGUUUGCGUUUGGGAGUAGAGACAGAAAAAGUGCGAAUAUCUGUUUCCAGUCAGACAGACGAUAUCUUGGCUUUGACUGAUAUUAAUAAAGCAAAGAGUUCUUGCGUUUACCAUGUUCCAUCCAUACCGACCUGUUGUUUGGAUUCCGAGCUGAGCGUGUACUCCAAUAGUUUACCGGUUAUUCCUAGUCCAGUUGGUACAGUGGACUAUCUGCGACAUUUUCUCAAGUCUCGAUCUAUGUACGAUUCCAGGGAACAAUCGCAUUUACCAAGACCCGGUUCUGAUGCAAUGAGUAAACCAAUAGCGACCAAAUUAGCACCUGUGCCCACUAUUACACCAGAGAAUGUGAGACAAAUAAAUUGGAUGAAAAAAUAUUUUGAACAGCGUAAUGUUCAGAUACAUCAUAGCCAAAAGACAGCGAGUCAAGUGAAACAGGCAGUUACAAGCAGUCAUUGGGAGUCAACAGUGAAUGGCCAUACAAAGAAGAGCAGUGAGGAAUCGCCUAACGCUGUGCGAAUAAAUCAAGAUGACCGGAAUCCCGGACAAGUUAAGCAAUCGCAAAUAAAAAGAGGUACUUCUGACAGUAAUCGUCUGAAAAGUGAACCAAUGUGUAUGAGACGCAUACCACUAUUUCAACGUAUUGGGGCUCGUAUCAGUUCACAUCUCAAGCCAAUGACCAAAAUGCCCACGGAAAAUCCUCCAGAACCGAUUUCCGAAUCGAAGAAAUGCAACUGUUGCCUCUGUGUUCGCAUGGCCUGGUUAGAAACGCAAAGCAAGUCUGGACUUUCUCGAUCUAUAUCACGAUCACGAAGAAACUCGUACGACAAGAGCAAGAUACGAAGAUACUAUGCGUCCACAUCAAGGAAUAUUAUGCGUUUACCUGUACAAACUCCAUGUCAAAGCAUCGCAAAUGCAAUCGCUAUGGCUUCGGUUUUACAUCCUCAAAGUGGUUCCAGUAUUCCAACAGCGAUUCAACAAAAUGGCGGUAAGCAAAAAAGUUCAAAUAUCUUUAGGAGUGGAGGUCAGACAAGCAAUCGUUUGAUCACCUUGGACACAGAUCGCUCAGCUAUUGGUAAACGAAUUCUCAGAACCAAAAUUGACCCGAAAACUGAUCUGACACAUCGGAAAACAUAUCCCCCAUUCCGAUUUUAA